AUGUCGCGGCCCUCGCGGUGCGUGCGGAGGCGGCGGGUGCGGGGCCCGGCCCGCCCGUCCCCCCGCCCUCAUGGCCAGCCUGGCCGCGCAGGACUCCUACCUGCAGGGCUUGGCGAGGAAGGUCUGCGUGCAGCAGGCCCCGGAGUCGCGGAAGAGGAAAUUCGUGUCUAAGCCGGGCCAGCAGGGGGAUGCUGGCAGACAGCUCAAGAAAAAGAAGAGAAAGAAAUCCAGGAAGGAAGCUGAGAAGACAAACGGUCCUUCAGUCAAGCAGGUGGUCUCUAACACCAAUAAACCCGCUCCAGGAAAGAAAACAUCCCCUCAAGCCAGUAAAUCAUCUCCACAGGGUGUCACAGAGAGCAGAAAUGAGGGCUUGGUUAAAGGGAGCAAAAAUGAACUGGGUUCCCUUUCUUUCUCUGCAAUGAAUCUCUUGCGUCAGAGACUACACGAGAAGAUUAAAAAAGCUUCUGGACAAGAUGAUGCCAAAGAAUUACCCCCUGCAGUCCUGGAGAAGAGGCAGCGAAGGAAAUACGAGAGGGAGAGAAAGAAGCGCCGAAGAAAGGAGCUGAAGAUGAAGGCAAAAAUGGAGAAGAAGGAAGCUGAGGAGGUUCCUGUAGAGCCAGAAAGCAAAAAGGAGGAGAGCACAGAUGAGUUGGUCUUUAACAGGGUGGAAGUCCAUGAAGAGAAUGAGUUGAACAAGAUCCAGAAGAAAAAAGAGAAGAGGAAAGCAGUGAAAGGCAAGAUCACCCCUCUGACGGGCAAGAACUACAGGCAGCUGCUGAGCAGGCUGGAGACCAGGAAGAACAAGUUGGAGGAGCUCAAGGAGAAGGACGAGAAGAAGGCCCAGGAGCUGGAGAACAAGAUGAGAUGGACGAACGUUCUCUACAAAGCGGAAGGCGUGAAGAUCCGUGACGACGAGGAGCGUCUGAAGGAGGCGCUGAAGCGCAAGGAGAAGCGGAAAGCGCAGCGCCGGCGGCGGUGGGAGCAGCGCACCGAGCGGGUGGCGGGGAAGAUGCAGCAGCGGCAGGAGAAGCGUCGCAAGAACAUUCAGAAGAAGAAGAAGGAGAAGAUCGAGAAGAAGAAAGCCAGGGCCCGGAAGAAAGGCCGCGUUCUGCCAGAGGACUUGAAAAAAGCUGGGUUGAAGUGAGGGUGAGGCCGGUGGGGAAGGGGCACCCUGGGGUGCUCCCUGAGGGGCCCACCCCCCGCGCUGGGCGGAGGCGGCGCCCCAGGGGGACCCACCGCGGCUUCCAGCUUGAUCAUUAAAGUAUUGCUGUGUUUUUGUUCAUUAAA